UUCGACACGAUCCGCGAUAAAUCGCAAAAUGAUCCCGGUUAAUUUCGUAUCAUGUUCGCGUUACAGAAACGCUACUGCGACAUGAAGUAUUUUCUGGUUUCGCCGUCCAACCUGCAAAACUACUCCACAUGUAUUAAGACGUUCCCGGUUUUAUUUUUACACAGUUUUCCCAUGUGGACGCUACAUAAAUUAAUUUCUGCAAAAUUUGGAUGCAGAAUGCCGACAGGCUGGAUCUGCACCGAAAUGUCGCAUAUUAUUCGUAUUUGAGCUUCCUUGUGAAUUGAGUUUUGGGUGUGGUUAACGUAGCUGUACACUGCAGUGGUUUACAGCAAUGCGGGAUCUUAUACAGCCGCGGCUAAUCAGAAUGUCAACACUAUGAAUGAAAAGCAUUUCCCCGUGAAUCAUUCCUGUUCAACCUAUUCGGGCGCUAUCCCAGUCGCGUAUAUGGAACCAGGAAAAUCAUUUUUCUGAUUGCGAAGCUCUGUUCAUGCGUGAAUGCGCAAUGUCUGUAUAUGUACUUUAUACCAAUUACGUCCAACAUUUUCAAUACCAUGUGUCGGAAAAAUGAAUGAAAUGUCAAAUUCGCGAAUGUCGGCGCAACGUACCGCUGCAUCACUGCAAUCGCGUGGUAGCCUGAAUGCUUAAUAUUAAUCGGGUCAAGGCGCUUGGAAUUAUCCCUAUGCUUCCCGCCAGAUUCCACAGAUUUUUUUUACGCGGCAAAUACUGUGGCAGCGCCGCUGAUGGACAAUUUACAAAAAUUAACCGGAAUAAAUGGCAUUUAUAUAUGAUAAUGUUAUAAUACUAUAUAUAUUAUUGUGAAUGUCAGCGCCGACCCGGAAUAGCUUUAACCCGGUUUACAGUUACAUUAUGGAUAAUGACCAUCGACAAACAGAUGGAUAUUUACUGCGAUCGCAGAAUCUUACGCCCGCGGAUUACAAUACUUCCGCUGAUGGCAACUGGACUUACCUUAUCUUAGAGGAGGAUCCCGUAGAGAAGGCUAAUCGUCUGGUGCAGGUCUAUGUGUUAUUAAGUCUGGCUGUGCUGGGUUUUCUAGGAAAUUUCCUAAUUAUUGUCGUACUGUGCACUAAGCGAUUGCGUGAACGGCAUUUUUCCAAUAUUAACUUUCUGAUUUUGCAACUGGCGUUUUCUGAUCUUUUGGUGGUGGCAUUCUGCCUUUUCGCCGAUGCCAUUUGGAAGGCAACGUACACGUGGCUGGCGGGGGAUCUUAUGUGUAAAUUUGUCAAAUAUAUGCAAAUGUUCUCGUUAUAUGCCAGCACAUUUAUCAUUGUGACAAUCUCCCUGGAUCGAUGUAUUGCGGUUCUCUUUCCCAUAUCGCGUUUUGACCAGCACCGUUUGGUCAAGGUUUUUGUCAGUAUUGCCUGGGGGUUUGCUGGAAUAUGCAGUGUACCACAGAUUAUCAUUUUUAGCGUCCAGAAAGCGCCCUUUACGCUUAGUGAUAUUGAGGAUUUUUAUCAAUGUGUUACGCACGGAGCCUAUUCAGCGGAAUGGCAGGAGCCGGCCUAUGUGGUCUUCACCUUUACAAUCAUGUUCGCCGUGCCCCUGCUCCUCAUCAUCCCAAACUAUAUUCUUAUUUGCGUGAGAAUUACUCAAGAAUCAAGGUUAAAAGCUGGCGGAGCCGCAGAUGUGCCGGCACCUCCAACUAAUGCCAACAUACGCAACGGAUCAGGAUCGUUUUCUGCUGGCCACAAAAGGGAGCUGCUUAUGAAAAAGGCAAAAGCCAAAGCUUUGUGCAUUUCGGUGAUGGUGAUCGUGACAUUUGUUGUCUGUUGGGCUCCCUAUUACGUCUGCAUGAUAUAUUACGUGAUAAUCAGCAAGGAUCCAAGCGACUACAUGUUCCAGAUUAUUUUCUUCUUUGGCAUGUCCAACUCGGUAAUAAAUCCCGUUAUUUAUGGGGCCUUUCAUAUGGCACAAAAAUCCCAGACAGCCUGGAGGAAACAUUUCGGCCGGCCGCGGGCAUCAUUUGCUUUGUUGGUUAACCCUGAAAAUUGCUCAACGGCUCGUUUGGAUCCACAUUUUGUUAACCGGACCGAAGCUAGGCUUAGCAACGCCUCCAUAUCGCGACGGUUGUCAUCAAUGGACGGCUCGUCGUCUGGAGCUAGACGGCAAUCGUCUUUACAGAUACACCGACCAGUGAUUUCAAAUUCCGGUAUUUCUCUUUGACUCAAAGAUUACAAACCCGAUUGUUAUGCUAUUUUUUUAUUGCUAAGACUAGUAAGAAGUAUUUUAAUCUGCGGGAGUCGAUAUAUGCAUUUGGCUCACCCGCAUUUUUUAUUAGUAGAAAAUUUUACGCGGCUCCAUCUAGGGGCAAAUGUCUGUAGUGUGACCUUUGUAAGAAAUUAUUGGUACGUAUAUGCCGCUAGCGGACUGAUGAGGGUAUGUUAAGUACGUAAGAAUGAAUUCUGUCUGACAGCUGACUAAAAUAUCGUCGGCCUUGGCCGAUCAUUCAUCCAUCUUUAUUUUCU